AUGAAGUUUGUGAUAUUAGCUUUACUUGCUUUGGCAUCUGGUCUUCAUGCCGCAGAAUUGGACUUAAAGCCAUUGAAGUUUGUCCUUUUUGGAAAGCAUGGUGAAGGAGAUAAAGUCACUUUUACUGCUGGUACAUGCCCACUCACUCUUCCCGACACUGUAUUCCUUCACAAGACCUUUAAGAAGGGAGACAAUUUCUUCACAUGGGUUAGACCAGUACACGGUAAGGUUCAUAAAUUAGUAUGCGGUUCCGUUGGUGUUUGGGAAGCUGCCGCUGGUGAAGUACUAGUUGACUUGCACUUUGUAGGUAAACCUGCUGGUGAUAAGCUUCUUCACUUGGAACUUUUCCACCCAGCUGUUGGUUCACAUCACCUAUUCCUUAAAUUCGCUGCCGGUGGUGCUCUUGAAGCUCAUCUUGGUAUGGCAGCCUUUGUAGUUGGUGUUCAUGGAUUGGUCGCUGAUCUCCAUAAACUUGAAGGUCUUCCCGCACAUCCACUUGUCCAUGCUUUGGCUGCUCAUGCUGCACAUCUUGCUCAUGUUGCUGGUGCUGCUAAGGAUGGUCUUAGUGUUGCUGGUGGUGUUGCCCUCUAA